ACUCCACAGCCUUCCAUUAUGCCACAGAAGGGCAAAAAAGACAAGGACUCCGCUAAGUCUGGAAAGACCAAAACAUCUGCAAAUGAAAACGGGCCUGCAGGUGAACAAGAUGCCUCCAAUAAGAAAGCGCCUCCCACCACUCAGCUGAUGAGGAUCAAGCAGCCGGGGUCACACUCGGCUGUGAGGAAGGAGAAGAGGUUCAGCUCUUCGUGCUUCGCGCUCAGCGCCAACAGAGAGUUGCACACCCUGGCUCAGAUCACAGAUGUGGCCCCUGCCGAGCAGGAGAAGCUCUUCAUCCAGAAGCUGCGGCAGUGCUGCGUCCUCUUCGACUUCCUGUCCGACCCGCUGAGUGACCUGAAAUGGAAGGAGGUGAAGCGGGCGGCCCUGAGCGAGAUGGUGGAGUACAUCACCCACAACAGGAAUGUCAUCACAGAGCCCAUCUACCCGGAGGUGGUUCACAUGUUUGCUGUGAACAUGUUUAGAACACUGCCUCCUUCAUCUAACCCCACGGGAGCUGAAUUCGAUCCCGAGGAGGAUGAGCCGACACUUGAAGCAGCGUGGCCACACCUCCAGCUCGUCUAUGAAUUUUUCCUUAGGUUUUUAGAAUCGUCUGACUUUCAACCCAACAUAGCAAAGAAAUACAUCGACCAGAAAUUUGUUAUGCAGCUUCUAGAACUAUUUGACAGCGAAGAUCCCAGAGAGCGAGACUUCCUCAAAACGACUCUUCACAGGAUCUACGGAAAGUUCCUCGGCCUGAGAGCGUACAUCAGAAAACAGAUCAAUAACAUUUUUUAUAGGUUUAUCUAUGAGACAGAGCAUCACAAUGGUAUUGCUGAACUACUGGAAAUACUUGGAAGCAUUAUCAAUGGGUUUGCCUUACCUCUAAAAGAAGAGCACAAGAUUUUCCUGUUGAAGGUUUUAUUACCUCUCCACAAAGUGAAAUCACUCAGUGUCUAUCAUCCACAGUUGGCCUACUGUGUGGUGCAGUUUUUAGAAAAGGACAGCACUCUAACUGAGCCGGUGGUCAUGGCUCUCCUCAAGUACUGGCCAAAGACUCACAGUCCCAAGGAGGUAAUGUUCCUCAAUGAGCUCGAGGAGAUUCUGGAUGUCAUUGAGCCGUCCGAGUUUGUUAAGGUGCAAGAGCCUCUCUUCCGGCAGCUGGCUAAAUGCGUGUCCAGCCCGCAUUUCCAGGUGGCAGAACGAGCCCUGUACUACUGGAAUAAUGAGUACAUCAUGAGUCUGAUCAGCGACAACGCGGCCAAGAUUCUCCCAAUCAUGUUCCCCGCUUUGUACCGCAACUCAAAGACCCACUGGAACAAGACCAUCCAUGGCCUCAUCUACAAUGCUCUGAAGCUGUUCAUGGAGAUGAAUCAGAAGCUCUUUGACGACUGCACACAGCAGUUCCGGGCUGAGAAGAACAAGGAGAAGGCCAAGUCGAAAGAACGCGAAGAAGCUUGGAACAAGAUCGAGAACCUCGCCAAGUCCAAUCCACAGCUCCAGCACAGCCAGUGGAAGGAUCGGCCCAUGGUGCGGCGCAAAUCUGAGUUGCCUCAGGACAUCUACACCACAAAAGCCUUGGAGACCCACCGCAGAGCUGAAGACAUGUUGACCCCCCGCGACGGCCUCUAGAUCCAACCGCCUGACUGUCCCUCCGCGGCCAUGGAAACAUCCCCCGGGCCAACCAUGCUUUUUCCUUCGUUCUCGUCCAUUCCGGCUGCCCACUUGGAGUGCAGCACACUGGGCCUGUGACCAGUGCAGAAGUCCCGUGUUCGUCGACGUUCCUCAGAUUUCUGCUUUCUCAGGUUCUUUUGGUUUUGUUUGGAGAAGGACGUCCGUGUGUCUUUUAGCCCCUCGCCGUUGUCUCUGUGUCAUCUGUUCCUCUCACCCCCCACCCCUCUCCGUUUGCUCAAUCUUAAGUAUGGAACCUGGAUAAAAACAAUGACAACACUGCACCGGUUCCUUCAUUAUGACUGGUGGUUGAGCUGCAGGAAUGGACAGUUGAAAGGAUUUUUGUUCUCCAGCACACAAGGCAACAAAGGUCAAAGGAAAGAACUCCCGUCACCACUUUUUUUUUUUUCCUUUCGUGUCUUUGAACCGACAGCUCGUCAGUGCCAACCAAGACUGUGUGCGUUUUUUGUUUUUUAAAUCUCAGAUUCAAGCAGGGGCACUUGCCUUUUGGUUUUGGUCAUUCGUGUUGUUUUGUUUCCUUUUUAGUUUUGCACACUUAUCGACCAAACUCAGGCCUGUCCGUCGCCUUGCAUCGUCCAGGUAGACAGCGAGGAAAGAAGACGUUGUCCUGUGGACAUCUCUCUCUUUUUUUGAUUUUACGUGCCAUUUGCCGCUUUUACGUAUGCUUGCUUCUUUGUGUUCACGGGCAAUGUGUGACCACCAGGCGGCUGUUCUGCCCGCUCACUUCAAACAAUGGUACUCCUGAAUGUGACUUAGGAUCCCUAUAAACUUGGACAAAAGAGUUAACAUAAAAUAACCCAGAAUUGACUUUGUAAAAGCUUUUAAUUUAUUAAAAUCAAGCUCUAGUUACCUCGCUAGGUAUAGAUGCACUUAAUACUAAAAUAGCAAUACCAAAAAUGUCCUCCAUCAAGCUCGCAUGUUUGCUUCGUCACCGUUUGUCCAUCGGAGAAUCAGUAGUGUUGUUUGGACUAACGCAUCAGGCGUGUUCUGAUUUCCUUUAUAUUUGAUGUGCUAGUUGUCUUGUCCCUGGAGGUGAAGUAGUUUGGCCAUCCAGGCCUUCCCCUCCCCCCCACCCCCCAAAAAAAAAAGAACGGCCGCUGUCACACAGAUGCUGAACAGUGAACUUACUUUGUGACUUGGCUCGUUUGUGUUAAUACUGUAUUUGCUUGAAUGCAAAAAGUUGUACAUUCGAAAGUACCAUGUUAAACAUGUACCUUUUACUCCAGAGGAAUGCCAUUCAACCAAACUUGAUUUUCUUGUUUCUGAAAAAAGAAAAAAAAACUAUAUAUAGCCCAUGCUUGCUGGGAAAUACGUUCUUUUAUGGGUUUUAUGACUUAUUUUAGUGCUUUCAAAGGAGUCCGUUCGAUAAAGACUAUUAAAAAGUUAUUUGGUGGCUUGUCUUUUUGCAGAUCUUUUCAUUUUACCAUUUUUAUUUCCAAAACAUAACUUAAGUGUCCUUUUUUUAUGUGACCUGUACUAUAUGAUUCAUUUAUUGUAUAUAUGAUUUACCUUGUUUCAUGUAGUGUUAUAUAUAAAUAUAUAUCUAGAUUAAUUUUGUACAAAUUGUCCUUCUGUACAGAAUAAAACCUCCAUAGCAAGUGAAAACUUCAA